AUGCUUGGAUUUGCCAUAUCAGCCUUUGUGACUAUUAUUGAAAAAAUUUACGUUUACGUCGAGUAUCCGUUCGAAUUCACGGAUCAAACACUUAGAUCCUACAGAAGCUGCGCUAACCCUACCGCCGCUCGACAGACAAUCACAUAUCAAAAUAAUUACUCAUUUGGUGCCCACUUUUACGCCAUGACGUGUCUUAUAUGCGCCGUAUACUCAAUGGCCGCACUCGUACUACACGCGUGCGCUGGACGUCCAUUUUGGGCCACCAUUGACAUGAUUGGCACCAUUAUGUUGGCCAUAGUUUGUCCGGUGGCCACCACUGUAUGGGCGGUAACCGUACAUAAAAUACGUUAUUUUGCGAGUCCAUGUAAUUUGUGGAUAGGGUUGGAGUUAAGUAGUCAUCCCAACACAGAUGAUAGCGCUAACCCACGCGGCGAGUGCUAUGAGUCAAACCCCGGGAUAUGGACCAUGCUCAAUAUAUCACAAACUCAAUCCCGUGGCCAACAAGUGUCGGAUCAAAAGGUAGCGCCCGUUGAAGGCGGACCUAAGGCCUGGUUUGGAGAGCAAACACCGCAAUUGUCGCCACACAAGUUGGGCGCCGGAAUCUGA